GUAAAAAAUUGUUUAUUCGAUUUAUACUCUGUCCACAAAGGAGUCUAGUCUUUUUCUGAUCCUCUCAACACCAAUUAUUUCACAACUUUUCUGUUUUCAAAUCCCUUGACAACAAAUAAUAGUGCAACUGUUCUAGUCUCUUAGGAUCUGUUCAAUGGCCAACCAAGGGCAUGACCUCCCUCUCUAUGAAAAAGUUUGGCUCAAGCGCAGAUUACAAAGAGUGAUAGACACCUUGAUUCUAUUCCUCCUACUCUUGCUUCUAAAUUACCGUGUUUUAUCAUCCAAUAGCUUCACUUUUCCAUGGUUCCUUGCUUUGUUAUGCGAAUCUUGGUUCACCUUCACUUGGAUAGUGAUUCUCAACUCCAAGUGGAGUCCUGCAGUAACCAUAACCCACCCAGAUCGUCUCUUGCAAUGGGUAUCUGAGCUUCCACCAGUGGACUUGCUUGUGACAACAGCAAAUCCUAUACUAGAACCACCAAUCAUCACAGUCAACACUGUUUUGUCUCUUCUAGCGCUUGAUUAUCCAGCUAACAAGUUAGCUUGCUAUGUUUCUGAUGAUGGCUGUUCCCCUCUUACUUUUUAUGCCCUUGUGGAAGCCUCCAAAUUCGCUAAGUUUUGGGUACCUUUCUGUAAGAAGUACAACGUGCAGGUCAGAGCACCCUUCAGAUACUUCUCUGAUGUUGCCACUAACAAAAGUGAAGAGUCACUUGAAUUCAAACAAGAAUGGCUACAAAUGAAGGAUAUGUAUGAAAACCUUAGCCGUAAAAUUGAAGAGGUGACAUGCAAAACAAUUUCAUUCCAACUUGAUGGAGAAUUUGCAGUUUUCUCAAAUACAGAUCAAAGAAAUCAUCCAAGCAUCAUUAAGGUUAUAAUUGAGAACAAGGAUGGUAUUUUUGAUGGGUUGCCUCACUUAAUUUAUGUAUCCAGAGAGAAGCGUCCGCAGUAUCAGCAUAAUUACAAAGCCGGAGCCAUGAAUGUCUUGACAAGGGUCUCCGGGUUGAUGACCAAUGCUCCCUUUAUGUUGAACGUAGACUGUGACAUGUUUGUGAACAAUCCCAAGAUUGUUCAACACGCUUUGUGCAUUUUGAUGGAUUCACAAAGAGGAAAAGAAGUUGCGUUCGUUCAAUGUUUCCAACAAUUCUACGAUGGAAUAAAAGAUGACCCUUUUGGAAAUCAGUGGGUGAUUGCAUUUGAGUACAUUAUACGGGGCAUGGCAGGACUUCAAGGACCUUUCUAUGGGGGAACAAACACCUUCCAUAGAAGAAAUGCUAUUUAUGGUCUUUAUCCUCAUGAAAUUGAAAGCGGGAGAAAAGGAAAAUUAGAAGAAAAGAUAUUAAUACGACAAUUUGGAAGUUCAAAGGAGUUUAUCAAAUCAGCAGCUCAUGCCUUGGGAGGGAAUGCAUAUUCUGCUAAUGAUAUCACUCCUUCCAACUUUAUUGAGGCAGCAACCCAAGUUGCUAAUUGUGAAUAUGAAGAUGACACUUUCUGGGGUAAACAGAUGGGGUGGCUGUAUGGAUCAAUCUCAGAAGAUGUGCCAACCGGGUUGAAUAUUCAAAGAAGAGGUUGGAGAUCAGAGUGCUGUACACCAGAUCCAAUUGCCUUCACAGGAUGUGCUCCUGGAGGAUUACUCACUACAAUGGUACAACAAAAGAGAUGGGCCUCAGGCCUCACUGUUGUCUUUUUUGGGAAGCAUUCUCCUCUCAUGGGCAUGCUCUUUGGUAAGAUCCAAUUCAGGGCAGGCUUGUCUUAUUUUUGGCUUACCAAUUGGGGUUUGCGUGCUUUCUUCCUAGUUUGCUAUGUUGCUCUACUUGAAUACUGCAUAAUUACCAACACCAAUAUCUUUCCUAAGGGACUUGGCCUUUGGAUUCCAAUUGCUCUAUUUGUGAUUUACAACGCACAUACUCUAUUAGAGUACCUUACAAUUGGGUUGUCCAUGAGACAUUGGUGGAACAAUCAGAGAAUGUGCAUAAUUAGAACCACCACUGCAUGGUUUGUUGGAUUUUUGAGUGCUGUGCUCAAGCUAUCAGGGAUAUCAGAUACUGUCUUUGAAAUAACAGAGAAGGAACAAUCGACUUCUGGUGCUGAUGGAAACAAUGCAGAUGCUGGAAGGUUCACGUUCGACGAGUCUCCAGUUUUUGUGGUAGGCACGACCAUUUUGUUGGUGCAUUUGACAGCAAUGUUGAUCAAGUUUUGGGGGUUGCAACCAAAUCAUAGUGGUAAUGGGAGUGGACUUGGGGAAUUCAUCUGUAGUACGUAUUUGGUAGUGUGCUACUGGCCUUAUUUUAAAGGACUGUUUGCUAGAGGAAAAUACGGGAUUCCCCUAUCCACCAUUUGCAAGUCAGCAGUGUUUGCAUUAGUCUUUGUGCACUUUUGUGGAAGUAAAGUUAUCAGUUGAUGACUUGAGUUUUCUGUAGAUGUUGUUCUCAUAUAUCUUUGCAUUAUGUGCUUUUUAUAUGUUAGUUAUUACUUAUUAAUGAAUGGAAGGUGCUCAAAUUAAUUUGGAGAAUAACAUCACUUUCAGCAGCUCCAGUCUGUAUAAAUAUUCAUGGUCAUGGAUGAAUUUAAAAUUUGUUACCAUCCCUUUGUCGUUA